AUGGUGCGGUGCGACGAGGGGAAGUGUAUCCUGGAGUCCUUGAUGUGCAAUGAUGAGGAUGACUGCCUGGACGGCACCGAUGAGCCCAGCACAUGUGGUCGGAGCUGCUUUGUACGCAAUGGGGGCUGCAUGGAGACAUGUGCUGACACGCACUGGGGAGUGCAGUGUUCCUGCGGGGCUGGCUGGGAGCUGCAGGCGGACGGGCAGAGCUGUGCUGAUGUGGACGAGUGCUCCCUGGAGUACAGCCCCUGCAGCCAGCUGUGCCACAACACCCCAGGCGCUUUCAGCUGUGCCUGCCUCCAGGGCUACACCCUGUGGCAUGGCACCACCUGCGAAGUGGCAGACAACGCGACACAGGUCCUGGUGGCUGUGGGGCAGGACCUAGCCCUUCUGGAUGUGCGGACCCAAGCCUACCGGCCCCUGCUCUCCACUGAGACCGAACCCCGUGCCCUGGUGUACGACCUGCUCCGAGAAACCUACUACUGGCUGACAGAGGAGGGCGAGCUCCGUGCUCGCCACCCGGGAAAGGGCACACAGCCCCUAUAUGCAGAUGCUGGGGAGGUGAACAGCAUCUCUGUGGACUGGUUCACUGGGCAGCUGUACUGGGCCAGCAGCCACCCUGCAGCCAUCUGUGCGGCACUGGGCGAUGGUCGGGGCUAUGUGACAGUGCUGGGGAAGGAUGUGGCACCAGAGCAGCUGACAGUGCACCCAGCUGCAAGGUCACUGUACUGGGUCAACCGCGGGCCGAGGGGCCGAACAGUCAUUGCUACAGCCGGCAUGGACGGGUCAAACCGGCGGGAGCUCACAGUGGUGUCCAUGGAGGAGCCUGUGGGGCUGAAUCUGGACCAUGUGGCUGGCAGGCUGUACUGGAUCAGCGAGUACAAGGAGUCCAUCGAGACGCUGCGGAUAGAUGGCAGCGGGCGCCACUCCUUUCCUGGUGUUCUGCGCAGCCACACGGAGCCACUGAGCCUGGCUGUGUUCGAGAGCCGGUUCUUCUGGACCGAUGGCACAGAGCUGGUGUCAUCCACCUGGACCUCUCCACAGGAGCAUGCAGUGUUGCUCCGUGCCCCUGUCUCAGCUUUUUCUGUGUUACACGCACUGCAGCAGCCUCCCCAGCUGUCCAUCGUGUAUGCAUCAGGGGAGGCCAUCUUCCUGGUGCAGGUGGGCCCUGGAGCACACAGCAGACGGGUGCAGGAGUGGAAGGAGCCACUCCACCUGCAAGAUGUGGACUGGCAGAGGUCAGUGCUCUACGGGACAGAUGACUAUGGGACGUUGCUGCGUGUUGUAGGGCACCCUGGCAGGAGAGAGGCCAUUGCGACUAGGCUGCCAGUCUGCUCUGCCCGUGUGGACAUCCGCUCAGGGGACCUGUACUGGCUUGCAUGUAACCGGAGGGACAUCGGGGUGAUCCGGGCAUCUGACAUGUCCCCACGCAUCCUGCACCGUGCUCGCAGCAGCAUCCAGCACCUCUUCUUGGACUGGCGGCGGGGCACGCUGUACUGGCUAGCCCGUGGGCAGCCCCUGCAGCAGCUGAGCCUGUCUGGAGGUGCUCCGUGGGAUGUCUGGAACGAAACGUGGCCUGGAGACCUGCCUGCGGCCAUGGAUAGCAGAGCCUUCACCCUGCUCUGGAGCUCAGCCCUGGGCCUGCGGGCGCUCAGUCUGACCAAGCGGCAAGCAGUCACCCUGGCACCCAGCUGGUCCCACGGCCUCGUGGCUGCCUUCGAGCCAUACCUGGUGUCGGCAAACGGGACAGCUCUGCUGCUGUGGGACCGGAGGACGCUGGCCCUCUUGCUGUCCGUGCCGGCAGCAGGCGUGCAGGGAGUGGUGGCUUUCGUGGGCUCAGAGCUGCAGGCUGUGCCACCAAGCAAGGGGUCUGCCCUGCCACUCCCUCCACCUGUGACCAUCCCUAUGAAGACAACCACAAGCACCACUGCUGCUCAGCCCGCAACCUCCACCAGGAGACCUACACCAAGCAAGACCACCACUGCACUCACCACUACUCCUCCACCAACCAGCAAGGCUACCACAACACCAACAACUGCCAGCCAGCCCACACCAACCAAGACCACCCCUGCACCAACCACUGCCCAGACCACACCAACCAAGACCACCCCUGCACCAACCACUGCCCGGACCACACCAACCAAGACCACCACUGUGCGGCCAGCCACCACCAGUACCACCGCCACCACUCGGUCCUUGCCAGCCAAGACCUCUGCCCCAAGAGCAGCUGCUACCACCCAGUACCCAACCAGUCCUGCACGGGUAGUACCACCUACCCCACCCCUCCCGUCCAGCUCUGCGCACCCCCUGACCCCAGUUCUCCAUCUGUCCUGUCCUCGCACACACGUGCCCUGCCAUGAUGGCACCGAGUGUGUGGCCCAAGAGUAUGUGUGUGAUGGGGAGAAGGACUGUGCAGAUGGUUCUGAUGAGGACAGGUGUGCUCAGCUCUGUGACACCCCAGGAGCCUUCCACUGUGCCAGCGGAGCCACCUGCAUUGAGGCCAGGGAGCGCUGCGAUGGGACACCACAGUGCCCUGACGCCUCAGAUGAGACAGGCUGCUGGAGCCCCACACCGGAGUGCGCCCUGCGCUGUGACACCGCCACCCGCUGCAUCCCCGAGAGCUGGCUGUGCGAUGGCCAUGCCGACUGCCUGGACUACACCGAUGAGCAGGGCUGUGUGCCGAAGGAGUGUGGCCCGGCUGAGUUCUCCUGCCGGAGUGGGCAGUGCGUGGCCCUGGCCCUGCGCUGUGAUGGAGACCAUGACUGCCGGGACGGCUCGGAUGAGGAAGGCUGCACCGUGCCCCGGCCGCUGCUCUGUCGCACCGGUGAGGUGGCAUGUCCCCACAGCAAGGAGUGUGUGCCAGAGGCCUGGCGCUGUGACGGUACUGCUGACUGUGGGGACGGCACAGAUGAGCAGGGCUGUCCCUGGGAGGAAGAGCCGUGUGGGGACCAGCAGUGGGGAUGCUCCCAUGGCCGUGGGUGCAUCCCUGAUGUCUGGCGCUGUGAUGGGGAACGUGACUGCACGGAUGGCAGUGACGAGGCUGGCUGCCAGCCUGCUCCCUGCCAGAGCCACGAGUACCCGUGUGGGCUGGGGGCCUGCCUGAAUGCAUCCCUGGUGUGCGACAGACGGCAGGACUGCGUGGAUGGCUCAGAUGAGGGGGGGAACUGCUCUGUGCCCUGCCAGCGGUCCUGCGCGCACCUCUGCUACCCCUCGCCCCAGGGCCCUCGGUGUUGGUGUGACCCAGGCUAUCGCCUGGCCGAGGACGGUCUGUCCUGUGUGGACAUAGACGAGUGUGUGGAGCGGGGUGAUGGAGCCUGCAGCCAAACGUGCCUCAAUGCGCCGGGGUCCUACAGCUGUGCCUGUCUCCCUGGCUACCUGCUGGAGCCCGACGGCCGUGUCUGCAAACUCACCGGACCAGAGCCCAUGUUGCUGGUGGCUGUGCAGUCAGAGCUGUUCUCCUAUGGCUUGCGGAGUGGGCACUGGGAGAUUCUGCUGGCCACUGACAAGGAUCGCAUUGUCUUCUCACUCGACUAUGACCUGGUGGAGAGGAAAGUCUUCUGGAUGGACCUGGCCACAGAGAGCAUCCGCUGGCAGGGCCUUGACUUGGGCAAGAAAGGCACAGUAGUGAAAGGUGGGCUGUGACAGCGUGGGGUUAGCAGGGCCGGCA